UCAAUGAAAAAUGUAUUAGAAAAUUCUCAUCAUAUUGAAGAAGAAUUUUUAGCAAAUCUAAUACAUUAUGCAACACGUAAUGGUGAUAUAAAAAUAUUAAAUUUUUUAAUCAUAAAAUGUGGUAUUAAUCCAUUAUUACGAUCAAAUGAUUUGAAUGGUUAUCUACCGACACAUGAAGCUGCAUCAUUAGGUAAUGUUGAAACAUUAGAAUGGCUGUUAAAAAUGACCAAUUUAUCAUUAAUGGAUCGUGAUUAUUAUGGCCAUACAUAUCUACAUAUUGCGGCAAGAAAUGGCCAUUCAACAGUAAUUCGAUGGUUAUUGAAUGAUGCAAAAAUGUCCACAAUGGAUCAUAAUAAAAUGAAUGCAUUAGCAUUACAUUAUGCAUCAGCUAAAGGUUGUUUAGAAUGUGUAAAAUUAUUAAUUCAAUCAUCUGAUCAAAAGGAUUUAAGCGCAAAUGCACAAAUGGAAAACAAUGUUACACCGGUAUAUUUGGCUGCACAGGAAGGUCAUCUUUCGAUAUUAAAAUAUUUGAUUAAUGUUGGUGGUGGUUCAUUAUUGAUUCCAGCUAAAGAUGGUAUGUUACCAUUACAUGCAUCAUCACAAAUGGGACAAUUUGAUUGUAUCAAAUGGAUGAUUGAAGAACAAAAAAUUGAUCCAAAUAUUCGUGAUAAUGAUGGUGCAACGGCCAUACAUUUUGCCGCUAGUCGUGGACAUUUUAAUAUAAUAAAAUAUUUAUUGGAAAAUAAUGCUAGAUUGAUUUAUGAUAAAUAUGGGAAAAGUCCAUUGAAUGAUGCAGCUGAAAAUGAACAUGUUGAAUGUCUAAAAUUAUUAAUUUCAUAUGGUUGUAAAUUAAAUCCAAUCGCAACAACAACUUUACCAUCAUCAUCAUCAUCGACUAUAUCGACAACAAUGACUUGUCCAUGUAAUAAUAGUAAUGAUCAAACAACCGGAAUAAUUCGAUCAUCAAGUUGUUCGACGUUUAAUGAAUCUUCUUCAUCUUCAUCAACUUUGAAUAAUCAACAACAAACAUUUAUAAAACGUAAAUCUAAAUAUAAAACAUAUUUUCCUGAACAUAACACCGAUAAUAAAUGUGAUAAUCAUCAUCAUCAUCAUUAUUUGGAAUUAAAAUAUCCAUCUGGACGACAACAACAACAACAACAACAACAAUCUGCUCAAUGUCGUGAAUGUAUCCAUAAUAAUGAUAAUGAUGAAAGAUAUGUUGCUUGUUGUUGUGGUUGUCGUUGUUGUUGUUGUUGUUCAUCGUUGAAUGUUGAUGUUACCGAAGAAAUACAAUGUCCAACCAAAUCAACAAUAUUAUCCGAUCAUUUAAUAAAAAAUGUUUCUAAUCAUCAUCACCAUCAUGGACGGCAUCAUCAUCAUAAUCAUCAUCAAUGUACAAAAAGUUUAUCGAAAAAAAUCAUUACAGAAAAACGGAAAUUAUGUCGAAAUAGUAAACAUAAUAAAAUGAAGAUUGUUUCAGCAGAAAUUCAUUCAGGCAAUAUUAGUCCCGUUAGUACGGAUGUUUGUUGUAGUACAACAAGCAGCAGCAGCAGUACCGAUGAAGGAAUCUAUCAAGAAGUUGAUGAUGAUGAUGAUCAAACAAUCAAUGAAGAAAUGAUAAUAAUCAAAAAUAAUAAUGAUAAAGAAUCUGGUAAAUAUCAAACAAUCAAAUCAGAAAAGAUAUCAUCAUCAUCAUCAUCAUCGAUUCCAAUUCCACCGCCACCACCUCCACCUGAUUUUAUGAAUUUAUCAUCAUCCUUGGCAACAAAAUUACCAAAAGAAAAUCAACAACAACAGCAAACACGUUAUAUUAAAAAUACAAAUAAUGGCAGUAAUGGUAGAAAAACUUUAAUCGGAAAACAACAACCAUUAUUUAUACCACCACAAUUUAAUGGACCACCAACAAAUAAUUCAAAUAUUAAACCAUCAGAAUAUUUAAAACGUAUGGCAACAAAAUCAUUAUCAUCAUCUUGUAGUUCAAAUUCAAGUUCAAGUAACAGUAAUAAAUAUGGUUAUAUUAAUGAUGUUGGAUUUUUCACUAAUAACAACAAUAAUAAUAAUAAUUCAAAUAUGCAACGAAGUUCAUCGGAAAAUCAUUUGUUGGCCAAUAUAAAUCGUAAUAAAUAUGAUUUUAUUAAUCGUGAUUGUAUCGAUAGUAGUGAUGAUCGAAUCGAAUCUGAAUCUGUUAAUAAUGAUAUUUAUUCAUCCGAAACAAAUGAUGAUGAUUAUUAUUAUGAAACAACAACAAAUAAUGAUGAUAAUGAGGAAAAAUCAAAUAUGAAUAAAUCAUCAUCAUUCAAUAAUCAAAAUCAAUCGAAUGAUUUAACGGGUAAAACGAUUACCGGCUUUUCUAAUCCAACAUAUUCAACAACAACAACAACGAUAACGAAUGAUCAAUUGAAAAAUAUUAAGCUUAAAUCGACGACAACACCUGUACAGAACAAUAAUAAUAAUAAUAAUAAUCCACAGGAUCAAUGUAAAAAUGAUCUAAUUGAAGAAUUAAAAAUGGCUAAAAAUUUGGAUGGUAUUAAAAAAGUAAAACAAUCUCAUCGAAAUUAUAAUGAAGUCAAAAAUAAGAUGGCUUUGUUGGCACAAAAUUUUACUGUUGAUGAAUUUUUAAAAACAAUACCGGAAAAAGAUCCAAAAGGUAAUGAAAUUCCACAAUGGAAACGAUAUAUGUUGGCAAAAAAAUCGGCUGAAAAAGCUAAAAAAGAUGCUGAAGAUUUGAUACGUAAAGAAUUUGAAGAAAAAUUAUCACGUCAAAUACCUGAAUGGAAAAAACAAUUAUUGAAAAAGUAA